AUGUCUGACUCCGAUGAGGAGGCCGUCCGACGCCCCGGCCGUGCCGGCGCCAGCCAUCAAAGCCCUGCACCCAGCGACAACGACUCCGGUGCCGAUAACAAAGACCUCUUUGGAGAUGACCAGAUGGAUGAGGACAAUGAUGCAGAUCUAUUUGGAUCUGAUGGUGAGGAUGGAGGGGCAGACAACGACCGAGCUCACCGUAACUUGGACGAUGAGCAAUUGGAUUCGGGUGAUGACGAGAACCGCUACGACAGACGCGACCGCAUGGAUGAAGCGGCUGACGAGGACGAUUUCGGCGAGACGGUCAACAUCAUGGACGUAGGGCUUGCGCGGGCGCCAGUGCCAGCGACCAAUGAUGGCGAGGUUUACACGAUGCGCGUACCCGAGUUCCUGUCCGUCGAGUCAGAAGAGUUCAACCCCGAGACCUACAUUGCGCCUCCCUAUUCCACAGCCGCUACGUCGUUAUGCUGGAGGAAAGACCCGAACGACGAGUCUCAGCUGCAGUCGAAUGCUCGAUUCAUCCAAUGGGAGGAUGGCUCCAUUACCCUACAGCUUGCCUCUGCCCCGCAAGAACAGUACCGCACCGCAUUGAAGCCGCUGGCACCUCUCUCCAAGUCCGGCGAGUACAACACGAAACUUGACUCUCACGUCUACCUGGGUGCUGCAGUAGAGACUGCUUCGGUAUUCCGAUUGACCUCGCAUGUCACACACGGUCUUACCGUUCUCCCGACGACCCUGGAGUCAGACGAAGCCGUUCUGAGACUUCAGGAAUCCUUGGCUGCCGCCACCCGCGGGAACAAGCAGACUGCAGAUGGCUCAGCGCCUGUGAUCGAUGUGAAGGAGGAUCCCGAAAUGGCCGCGCGCAAGGCCGAACUCAUGGAGAAGGAGGCCAUGAAGGCCGAACGCCGCCGUCAACAGCUCGAGGACCGCGAGGCAGACCGAACUGGUCGCCGCGCAGCUGCUUCCCGGCCCAUGGCAUCCGGUCUCAGUGUCGGUGACCUUGAGGGUGGUGGUAUGCGCACUACUCGACCUGGAAAGCGUCGUCCCAACCGCCGUGGCGAGAUCUACUCUGACGACGAAGAAGAUUACGGCCGUGGUGCCCGCAGCCGCGAGGAUGAGUACGACGAGGACGAUGGAUUCCUGGUCGGUAGUGACGAAGAGGAAGAGGUGGUCGAGGACGAUGAUGAGGAAGAGCUGCUCGACGAGGACAUGGACGCUGAGGGUGAGGCCGAUGAGGAGGCCGCGCCUGCGAAGCCUCGAAGCAAGCCGGCGACUCGAGAAAGCACACCUCCAGCUCGGAAGAAGAACCGCUAUGUGGUGGAUGACGAUGAUGAGGACGAGUGA